AUGUCCCCAUCAAUUAAGGCGUUAGCGCAUCAAUGGCUUAGCAUUGAUCGUAAUCCAUCCACUAGAUCUGAGAUUCUCAAACUUCUUGAGAAUGAAAAGUUUAAAGUUCUUGAAGAACGCUUACGAAGAAGAAUUACUUUUGGAACAGCGGGACUUCGAGGUAGAAUGGGUGCUGGUUUUAGUCUAAUGAAUGAUCUCACGAUAAUACAAGCAUCUCAGGGACUGGCCAACUAUAUGUCAAAAGCUGGCGGUAAAUCAAUAGUUAUUGGACAUGAUCAUCGUCACAACUCUAAACAGUUUGCCGAAUACACAGCCACAGCAUUCAUUCUAAAAGGAUUUAGCGUGUAUUAUGUAAGUAAUAGAGAAGGUGGUGAUAUCCCAACUCCAUUUGUUCCGUUUGCUGUCGACUACUAUAAAUCUUUUGGUGGAAUUAUGAUCACUGCAAGUCAUAAUCCAUCAGCAGAUAAUGGCUACAAAGUUUAUUGGAAAAACGGAUGCCAGAUCAUCCCUCCUCAUGAUAGGAGAAUCCAGGAUGAAAUUCUAGUGAACACUCACCCUAUUGAGGGAGCUUGGAAUUUUAAGGCUGCAUUCGACCACGCUGAAAGCAUAUCUUGUAUUCAUUAUUGUAUGGAAGAAGUUUUUAGUCUUUAUCUUCAACGUUUAACCACACAAGUGAUAACUACCCAAAUCAGUCCACGUACUCGAUUUGUGUACACACCCUUGCACGGUGUCGGAUUAAAGAUUGUAACCGCUGCUUGCCAGAAAAUGGGCAUCGACUCACUUAUCUCAGUAGAAGAACAAUCUCAACCAGAUCCCGAUUUUGGAACAGUUGAAUUUCCAAAUCCAGAAGAGGCCAGUGCAUUAGACAUGGCAAAAGCAAAAGCAGAUGCUGAAGGAAUUGAUCUUCUCUUGGCCAACGAUCCAGAUGCCGAUCGGUUCUCAGCUGCUGUUAAGGAUAAUGGCAAUUGGAGACAGUUGACUGGUAAUGAGCUUGGAUAUCUAUUCGCAGAGUACAUUAUAUCACAGAUUCCUCGGGAAAGAUACUCUUCUACGUAUUUACUCAAUUCAACAGUGUCUUCGCAGAUGAUAUCAUCCAUGGCUGCCACCUUAGGGGUUAACUAUAUAGAUACGCUUACGGGGUUCAAGUGGAUUGGAAACAAGGCCAUAGAGCUAGAGAAGAGCGGGUAUAAUGUGCCAUUUGCUUUUGAAGAGGCCAUAGGUUUCAUGCUCCCUCCAAUUCAUGAUAAAGAUGGAAUCUCUGCUUUGGUAUUGUUUCUGCAAAUGUAUGAUCACUGGAUUAAAAGCGGAACUUCUGCUGUUCUCAAACUGGAAGAAGGAUUCAAGAAAUACGGGUAUUUCAAAGAGUGUAAUGGUUACUAUCGUAUACCCAACUUAUCUUCAAUCAAAACAAUCUUCAACGAAAAUAUCAGGCGUUUAAGAGACGCUGAUACUGACCUUGAAAAACCCUAUCCCGAUAAGCUAGGACGAUUUACUAUUUCAGCAUGGAGAGACCUAACCACGGGCUAUGAUUCCAGUACGAAGGAUCAUUUACCUCUUCUCCCUGUAGACAGAACUACCCAAAUGAUUACUGCUGUUAUGCGAAGUGACGACGAGGAUACAGUUCGCUUUACAGUUCGGAGUUCUGGAACCGAGCCCAAAUUAAAAGUUUACAUUGAGAGUUGCAGCAAUACCGAAAAAAAGGCAUCACAAGUUUCACACGAAGUUUGGAAGUUACUAGAUUCUGAAUGGUUCAAAACAGAGACCACUGGUCUAGUUUCUAGCUUUGUAGCUUAG